GCGGCGCUCUCCGGUGGUCAGGGUUUCCUGUCUGCUGCGGCGGGACCCGGCAGCGAGGGGCGACACCAGCGGCGGGGAACCGACGAAGGGUAAGCGCUGACCCACGACGGAGGCGGCCCCGCGGGCUCCUGCGCUCAAGUCUGGACCGGCGGACCCAGCUGCUGACGGCGGCGGAAGCCGGAGCCCGGCCUCUUUUGUGCGGGACAUGGAGGUGUUGCCAUGGUGAUGGCGGUGGAAAGCAGCGUGGUGCGGGUCGUGGUGCGGGUGCGGCCCCCCACCCCGAGGGAGUUGGAGAGUCAGCGGCGGCCUGUGGUUCAGGUGGUGGAUGAGCGGGUGCUGGUGUUUGACCCUGAGGAGCCUGAUGGGGGCUUCCUUGGCUUGAAAUGGGGCAGCGUCCAUGAUGGCCCCAAGAAGAAGGGCAAAGACCUGACGUUUGUCUUUGACCGGGUCUUUGGUGAGGCGGCCACCCAACAGGACGUGUUCCAUCACACCACCCACAGCAUCCUGGACAGCUUCCUCCAGGGCUACAACUGCUCAGUGUUUGCCUAUGGGGCCACCGGGGCCGGGAAGACACACACCAUGCUGGGAAGAGAGGGGGACCCUGGCAUCAUGUACCUGACCACCAUGGAACUGUACAGAAGGCUCGAGGCCUGCCGGGAGGAGAAGAGACUCGAGGUGCUCAUCAGCUACCAGGAGGUGUACAAUGAGCAGAUCCACGACCUCCUGGAGCCCAAGGGGCCCCUUGCCAUCCGUGAGGACCCCGACAAGGGGGUGGUGGUGCAAGGGCUUUCCUUCCACCAGCCGACCUCAGCUGAGCAGCUGCUGGGGAUGCUGACCAGGGGGAACCGUAACCGCACGCAGCACCCCACUGACGUCAACGCUACGUCCUCCCGCUCCCAUGCCAUCUUCCAGAUCUUCGUGAAGCAGCAGGACCGGAUCCCAGGUCUGACCCAGGCCCUUCGGGUGGCCAAGAUGAGCCUGAUUGACCUGGCUGGCUCGGAGCGGGCGUCCAGCACCCACGCCAAGGGGGAGCGGCUGCGGGAGGGAGCCAACAUCAACCGCUCCCUGCUGGCCCUCAUCAACGUCCUCAACGCCCUGGCCGACGCAAAGGGCCGCAAGUCUCACGUGCCCUACCGGGACAGCAAGCUGACCCGCCUGCUCAAGGACUCCAUCGGGGGCAACUGCCGCACGGUGAUGAUCGCUGCCAUCAGCCCCUCCAGCCUGGCCUACGAGGACACUUACAACACCCUCAAGUAUGCCGACCGGGCCAAGGAGAUCAAACUCUCGCUGAAGAGCAACGUGAUCAGCCUGGACUGUCACAUCAGCCAGUACGCCAGCAUCUGCCAGCAGCUCCAGGCUGAGGUGGCCGCCCUGAGGGAGAAGCUCCGAGUGUACGAGGCAGGAGCCCAGGCCCCGCAGCAGGACUCCUCGCAGCCCCCCAAAGCGGACCCUCCACAUCAACCCCUUCCCAGCUGCCCCUCGCCAUCCCGCCUCCCCAGCCAGCCCUGCACCCCAGAGCUACGCCCAGGGUCGGCAGUCGUUCAAGAGGAGAGCCUGGGGACAGAGGCCCAGGUGGAGAAGAUCGUGGAAGGGAACUCUUCAGAAAGGGAGCAGCUCCCAGAGGACAAGGACGAAGGUCCGGCUGAGGAGGUUCCAAUCCAGGUGCCAGCACAGAACCUCAGACACCCAUCGCCCGGCUCCCCUGACCUGACCCGGCAGCCCAAGCCAGUCGUGGACCACCCCCCACCACAGAACCUGGGCAGCGACCGUUCUAAGCAGUUGGCUCUGAGGGUGUUGUGCCUGGCCCAGCGCCAGUAUUCCCUGCUCCAAGCAGCCAACCUCCUGACCCCUGACAUGAUCGCAGAAUUCGAGAUGCUGCAGCAGCUGGUACAAGAGGAAAACACUGAGCCUGGAGCAGAGGCCACCGCGGAGCCUGACCCGGCCAGGGGGCCACCUCUGGCUCAGGAGCUACGUUCAGAGUCAAAGACUCCAGGAUACUCCGGCCCUGUGACCCGGACCAUGGCAAAGCAACUGAAUGGCCUCAUACACGCUCUCGGCGUCCCACCCGGGCCUGACCGCACCUCAGCUCAGGCAUCCCAGCGGCCCACAGAGAAGAAAAGGAGGAGACCGAGCCCCUUGGAGCCAGACAGCCCCCCAGACCCGAAGCCCGGGACCAAGCGCCGGCGCCAGUCCCUCCUGCCCUGCCCGAGGAGGGGGACCCCGCCUGAGGCUCGGCUUCCGUGUGGGCCCAUCACCCCCACGGGGGGACGGGCCUCCUCCCCCCGCCAUUCCCCCAACUUCUGCCCAGCCACAGUCAUCAAAAGCCGGGUGCCCCUGGGCCCUUCCGCUCUGCAGAACUGCUCUACCCCUCUGGCCCUGCCUGCACGGGACCUCAACGCCACCUUUGAUCUCUCUGAGGAGACCCCCUCAAAGCUGGGCUUCCACAAGUGCAUUGGCUGGGACAGUGUCCCCCGGGAGCUGAACAGGCUGGCUCAGCCCUUCAUCCCCAGCGGACCCAGGCCCCUGUUCACCGUGAAGGGCCCCAAGCCGGCAACUUCCUUCCCUGGGACCUCAGCUCGCAAGAAGAGGCGCGUUGUGAGUUCCCGCGGCCACAGUCGCAUCGCCCGCCUCCCCAGCAGCACCUUGAAGAGAGCCCCCCUCCAGUCUCCACUCCCCUGGCAACCAGAGGAGCCAGAAGGAACUGUUGAGGGUUGGGAGAGCGCUGUCAGCUGGGAGCUGCUCCGCCAAGGUGUCCUGACCGCCGGCCCCUGUUGGUCCCUGGAGCCGCCUAAACCAGGAGCCCUGACCUGCCUUCCUCGGCUCGGAGCAAUUAAUGCCAACGCCCUCUUCCUUUACUAACAGUCCUCCCCCAGACGUUCAUUCUGCUGCUCACCCUCUUUAUUAAUCUCUUGUUACACUCAGCUUCUCAGCGUGUACUUAUUCAUUUGUGAGUUUUAACUUGUUGCUAUUUUAAAGGGUGCUGCCAUCAUUCCCCCCUGGUUUAUAACACCCUCCAUGCAGGAAGGUGGCUUUUGGGGGCCUUGUUGCCCACCCCCCAUCUAACACAGGGCUCUGCACAGUGAUGCCCGCUGUGCAGUUGAGGAGGGGUGGGCAUGGGAUGGGGGCAUGAGGGAGUCCCAGCUUGGCUCUUCCUGGCUUUGAGAGGAAGGCGUCUUCAGCCCCAUCCCCCCAGCCUGGAGUAAGAGCCCCAACCCCAUGCCACAGUCCUGGCGAUGAUGCAGAUGAUGGUGGUGACUUGAUUUCCAAAUGAAGAGAGUUUAUCGUUUUUACCCUAUUGUAAACAGGAUACACACUCAGUGUAAGAAGAAGUGUAAACAUUAAUGCUACCACCUAGACGUAAGAGCUGUUACUACUUGGGUUUAUAUCUGCUGAUCCUUCAGU